CAUCGCUCUGCCACCGACGGACUUUCAAGAAUGGCCGAACAACAGUUCAGCAGCCUUCCUGGCACGACACAUAACUUUGCGUCCUGCAUAAACAAGAUAAUCAGAAACAUUGACACUGUCUCCAAUGUACCGAAACCACUUGCCAUAUUCCUCCUGCUUGGACUUCUGUUCCUCUUAAUAUGCCACAUUGUCAUAACUUUAUACCUCGUCAUAUUUCUCACCUUUAGAACUCGGCAUGAACUGAAGAAACAAAUCAGAGGCAUUCAAACAUCAUUGGGCCUUCGUGAUGCGGGCAAGGAGGUCUGAGGGCUGGGAGUGAAAGAUGGCCAACAAUGGGAGGAACAAGAUCUUGUAUUCAUGGCUCGAAACAUUCUAAGGCUUGCCUCAAUGCUCACUUGAGAUGCAUUUAGAAGAAUUUAUAGUGUAGAAAGGUAAAUGAAUAAGAGAAAG